AUGUCGAAGCGGAGGCGACGCGACGAGGCCGAGGUGCGACCCUGCUCCAAAAGACCUCGUACAGGACCCCGACUCAAUUUGCUGGAUAUCAGCGAUGAGAUUCUUCUCCGAGUCUUCUCUUUUCUUACUCCCAAAGACUUAUUGCGCACGGAAUGGUCUCGUGCUCGUCGUAUCCCAUUAGGGCAAAGCCAGGAGGAUUCGAAACAAAUAGCCAAGACCACGAAAUGGUUGGAAUAUAGCCAGAGACGGCGGGAUGGUCCCUUGGUGGAUUGGAAGCGUCAAUUCAAGAUCCGAAGCAAUUGGGCAGCAGGCACAGCCAGACUUCAUGAAGUCGAGGUGGCGCAUCCACCCACACCGCCUGUUAUCGCGAAGGUCCACAGAGGCAUGAUAUUCACAGUCGAUCGGUUUGCUGGGCUACGAGCCUGGUUGCCAAAAGACGGGACGAGAGCGCUCAAGGCUCAAGUGCGACUGAAAUCCGCCGCCGAAGCGACCUGCAUGACCGCCGAGACAACCGACGGACAUACCAACAUUCUUCUCGGUUUUAGCGAUGGUGCUGUUUCAAUGUACGUGCUGGAUAAUGAGGGUCAUUUCCAGCAUCGAUACAGCCGACAUUCGGCCGACGGGCCUCUUAUGGCAGUGGCGCUCGCCAUGCCGUACGCAAUGACGAUCUCCACGACGAAAUUCGUAACGUUGUAUUACCUGGAUGAAAGGAAAACCGCCGAACAGCCUUCGUUAAAUAUAUCAUCCAUCGUACAAUUACGGUCGGAUGCGUCCUUCUCGCCCUUUUCAUUGGCUCUUCGGAGAGCACCAAGCAGAGUUAUCGCCACGGUUGCGUAUGCGUUCAACCGAAUCCAUUCUGGUUGGUGCAUGGGCAUCCAGGAAAUUCGAUUGACCACGAAUGGAACCUUGCUGGACACCAGACUGACGUCGACACUCGAAACUCCGUUCGAUGCGCGACAUCAGGGCCGCGAUAAUUGGGACCUGUCGACCCGGUCCACGAGCUCAUUACCUUUCCCGUUGCACCCUCAACUGAUGGGCCCACCAACAUCACUUUCAUAUGAGCACCCAUUUCUGAUUAGUACAUUGCCAGAUAACACCAUCAUGUCGUUUUUGGUCACGUCGAAUGAGAGCAAACUCGAGAUCAGCUCCGGAAAGCGCCUCUGGGGCCACACCUCGGCGGUCUCGGGUGCAGAAGUCAACAAUCGUGGCAAGGCAGUGUCGAUCAGCUUUCGAGGAAACGAAGUCCGAGUGUGGGAGUUGGAGAACGUCAUGGUGACCACGAAUCAACCGAGAACAAGUACUGAAAUCAAAGCAGUGGAUGCUCUAUCUGGCGUUGUUGCAGCGCUGGCGCGACGAGGCUCUGGAUUGGGCCUUGCGUUGCAUGACAUGAAACGAGAACUUGGACUCACUCGAAGAUGGGUCGGUUUUGAUGAAGAACAAGUGGUGGUCCUGGGUGAAAGAGAUCAGAAACAGAUCAUGACUUUGUACGACUUUACCUAG